AGAAACAAGCAAGAGAUAUUAUAUCUAUCUAUAAUUCUUACAAAUAUUUAUUAAUUAGCUAAAAGUAGCAGUAUUACUCAACCAUAUCAUUCAAAUAUCUAUCAUACACACCUUCUAUUUUAAGCCAUUCCAAUGAUUACUUAAGUGCAAUACAACGAGAGGAGCAGAAUGAGCUCCACUAGCUCUUUAUCUUCCCAGCAAUAAGAUCUUGAGGUUAUCCAUUAAACGUAGCUUAAAAUCAAUAACCCUAACUAGUAUCUCAAAUAAAUAGAAGAAGAGCAAGAAACAUAUAACUUUUUAUCAGAACUAGAAGAUAAGUGCUUUGAUAUCCUAAAUGACUUAAAGAAAUUGAAAAUAGAAGAGGAAUCUAUAAAAGAUAAAACAAAUAUAGAAAAAAUAGAUUAAACUUCUAAGAUUGAUUCAUUUAUUUAAUUACAAGGACUUGAAAUAUAAAGGCUAAAUGAUAUCUAUUAAAGAGAAAGUGAAUAAACAGGAGAUUACAUUUAAUUAUUUGAAAAUUAAAUAUAAUAAGAAGAAUAGUAAUAUGCAAAGUUGUAAUAGUAGAUAUAAAAAGUAUAGCAGCGUAUAGAUAGGCUAAAUUAUGAUAUAGGAAAUAUUUGA